AUGGGAUAUUUUUCAGACUCCGAUGAUGGCGGAGCUUCUGUGAAGUCCACCACCACUCGCAAACGUGUAGCCAAAUCUAAGACGUUUGUUGUUUCUGACGACGACGAUGAAAUGGACGAUAUCAAUGGCAACUUCUCUGAUGAUGAUAACGAUAGCGAUUUCGGACUCACUUCAAAAAAAACAAAUUCUUCUGGUUUUUCUAAAACUAAAAAAACAAACACGGUAACUAAAACGGCUGCUGCUGCUCCUAAAAAGCCUCGUGCCAAAAAGGUUGCUACAACACCCCUUUCUGAAACUUCCGCAAACGAGGUUGGCGAAGAGGAAUCAAAGAGUCUUCUUGAUCAUUUUGCCCAAGAAACUGACGACAAAGAAAAUAACCCUGUUAAUGGUUCCACCCCUAAGGGAAAAAAAGAUGCAUCCUCCCAAUAUCAAAAGCUUACCCAGCUUGAGCACAUUCUGAAGCGUCCCGAUACUUAUAUUGGCUCUGUCGAGCCCACUGAAAUGAAACUCUGGGUCUUUGAUCCGGUAUCCAAAGACAUGGAGUUUAAAGAUGUCACAAUUGUUCCUGGUCUUUACAAGAUUUUUGAUGAAAUUCUUGUCAAUGCUGCAGAUAACAAAAUUCGCGAUCCGUCAAUGGAUAUCUUAGAGGUUAACAUUGAUGUUGACACCAAUACAAUUUCAAUUUACAACGGUGGCAAAGGUAUUCCGAUUGAAAUCCACAAGAAGGAAAAGAUCUACAUCCCAGAGCUUAUUUUCGGCAAUCUUUUGACAUCGAGUAAUUACGAUGAUAACGAAAAGAAAGUCACUGGUGGCCGAAACGGUUAUGGUGCAAAGCUUUGUAACAUUUUCUCGACAGAAUUCACUGUUGAAACAGCCGACAAGUCUACCAACCAAGUCUACAAACAAACCUGGACAAAAAAUAUGUCUCAGAUUGGAAAGCCACACAUUACGAAAAAUACCAAGCACAAAGAGUAUACCAAAAUCACAUUCAAGCCAGACUUGUCUCUUUUCCAUAUGGAAAAGAUUGAUAAUGAUCUUCUCGGUGUUUUAUAUCGACGUGUUUACGAUGUUGCUGGUUGCAUGAAUGAAUGUAAGGUUCUUCUUAACCACGUCCGCCUUCACAUUAAAAACUUUAAGAGUUAUACCGAAAUGUUUGUCAAGGCUCUAGAAAAGACUGCCAAAGAAAAUGCUGUUCCUGGAGAAGAGUCUGAGGCUAAUAAAUCACCCGUUAUUGUUUACGAAAAGAUCAAUGAUCGAUGGGAAGUUGCCUUUGCAGUCUCGGAUGGCUCAUUUAAUCAAGUCUCAUUUGUCAAUUCUAUUGCCACUACCAGCGGUGGUACACAUGUCAACUACAUUGCUGAUCAAAUUGUAAGCAAAAUCACUGAGCAGAUCAAAAAGGCCAAGAUUCCAAUCAAGAAUUUUCAAGUUAAAAAUAACAUGUUUUUAUUUGUCAAUUGUUUGAUUGAAAAUCCUGCAUUCACUUCCCAGACUAAAGAACAACUUACCACAAGAACCACUGCUUUCGGCUCCAAGUGCGUUUUACCUCCAGAGUUUUUGAAAAAGGUUCUCAAGACUCCCAUUCUUGACCGUGUUCGAGACAUUGCCACUCGAAACGCAGAUAACCAAAUUCGCAAAACCGAUGGUGGCAAAACCCGUCGUAUUAAAGGCAUGGCUAAGUUGGAGGAUGCUAACAAGGCUGGUACAAAAGAAGGAUACAAGUGCACUCUUGUUUUAACAGAGGGUGACUCAGCCAUGGCCCUUGCCGUUGCUGGUUUGGCUGUUGUUGGCCGUGAUUAUUAUGGUGUUUUCCCCCUCAGAGGUAAACUUUUAAAUGUCCGUGAAGCAUCUCACGAUCAGAUUAUGAAGAACACAGAAAUUCAAUCCAUCAAGCAAAUUAUGGGUUUACAGCACAAGAAGCAGUACUCAUCUACAAAGGAGUUGCGAUAUGGUCAUAUUAUGAUUAUGACGGAUCAAGACCAUGAUGGAAGUCAUAUCAAGGGUCUUAUUAUCAAUUUCCUUGAGUCUACAUUCCCUGGAUUGCUAGAAAUUCCUGGAUUUUUAGUUGAAUUUAUUACACCUAUUGUCAAGGUUUCUAUUUUAAGAGGAAAAAAAGUUACUGAAGUUAUCCCCUUUUAUACCAUGCCAGAAUACGAAUCUUGGAGAGAAACCACUGGUAAAGAGUGCACAUGGAAAAAGAAGUACUACAAAGGUUUGGGUACGUCUGAUCCAACAGAAGGAAGAGAAUACUUUUCUCGCCUGGACAAGCAUCUCAAGACAUUCCAUGAGCUAGAAGCUGAAGAUAAGCCUCUUAUUGAGCUUGCAUUUUCCAAGAAGAAGGCUGACGAUCGUAAGGACUGGCUCAGACAAUUUAGACCUGGCACCCACUUGGACCCUAAUCUUGACAAUAUUCCCAUUUCUGAGUUUAUCAAUAAGGAACUCAUUCUGUUUAGUAUUGCAGAUAAUAUGCGUUCCAUUCCUUCAGUCAUGGACGGUCUCAAGCCAGGUCAGCGUAAAGUCAUGUACGGUUGUUUCAAGCGUAACCUUGUGAAUGAAAUCAAGGUUGCCCAGCUUGCUGGUUACAUUUCCGAACACACUGGGUACCAUCACGGUGAACAGUCGCUCGUUUCGACCAUUGUCAACUUGGCUCAGAGUUUCGUUGGUUCUAACAAUUUGUAUUUGCUGAUGCCCAAGGGCUCCUUCGGUUCGCGUGCUGCCGGCGGUAAGGAUUCCUCUGCUCCUCGUUACAUUCACACAGAGUUGAAUCCCAUCACAAAGUCCAUUUUCCACCCGUCUGAUGAAAACAUUUACAAUUAUCUGGAAGAUGACGAAGCUACAGUAGAGCCCGAGUGGUACGCACCCAUCAUCCCCAUGAUUUUAGUUAACGGUUCUGAAGGUAUUGGUACUGGUUGGAGUACCAACAUUCCUCCAUUCAACCCUGAGGAUAUUGUUAGUAACAUUCGCCGACUCAUGAAUGGUGAAGAUAUGGAUCCUCUUACCCCAUGGUACCGUGGUUGGACUGGUUCUCUUGACCGUCUCCCUGACAAUAAAUUUCGGGCCUCUGGUAUUGUUAACCAAAUUAGCGAUACUGAGCUGGAAAUUACUGAGCUGCCGCCUCAUACUUGGACCAUCAACAUGCGAGACUUUUUGCUCAAUCAGUUGCGGGACAAGCGUGACAAUAAAGCUGGUUGGAUUGAAGACUUUACAGAAGAUCAUGGUCUUGGUGUGAAGUUUAAUAUUACCCUCACGCCAGAGGAGAUGGAGAAGACUCUCAAGGUUGGUCCAUUAAACCGUUUCAAGCUUACUUCCACAGUCAAUCUUAACAACAUGGUUGCAUUUGACCCUCAAAACCGCAUCAAGAAGUACUCAUCUCCUGAAGAGAUGAUUAAUGAUUUCUACUACGUGCGCUUAGAAUGCUAUCAAAAGCGCAAAAACUUUUGGUGCAAUUUGCUUAAAAACCAGCUCAUCAAAUUGACACAGCAGGCCCGCUUUGUUAAGAUGAUUAUUGACAAGGAAAUUAUUGUUACAAACCGCAAAAAGAUUGAUAUCAUCGAAGAUUUGCAGAAGCAUGAGUUUCCAUCGUUUGGCAAGGAUGGUACUCCCAACUACAUUAAGAUUAAAGAUGAUGACUCGUUGGAGGAUGGCGAUAUUCCCGAGGGUGUUGAAGAUCCUCGUAAAAACAAGCCAUCAUUUGAUUACCUGUUGGGUAUGGCUAUUUGGUCGCUUACAAAGGAACGCUAUGAGCGAUUGCUGAAUGAGCGUGACAAUAAAGAGACAGAACUCAAUGUGCUUUUGGGCAAGACUCCAAAAGACUUGUGGAAUGAGGACUUGGACGUAUUUUUGGAAAAGUGGGAAACCUUUUUGGAGGAAGAUCGGGAGCAGCGCGAGGCUCUUAUCCCCAAAAAGAAGCAAGGCAAGGGCAAAGCCAAAGGUAAAGCUAAAGGUAAGGCGCCGGCUAAGAGCAAGCGCAAGCGGGAUGACAGUGACGAUGACGGUGAUGAUAGUGAUGAAGAUUUUACUGUGUCGGCCAAGAAAAAGAAAGCAGGGGAUACCGGGGGAGGUACAAAGGCUGCGCCAGUGAAACGAGCGCAGAGGGCAAAGAAACCGGCGGCCACGUCGACACUUGACGGGUUUAUUACCAAAUUAGAGGAAGAAGAAGAAGAUAAUGAGAAGAAUGUUAGUGAGAAAAGGACAACGACAAGUAGUAGGGGUAGUAACACUAGCAAUGGUACUAUCAAACACACUAGUGAAUUUGACAAGAGCCCGGAGGAUUUGUUUUCAGCGUUGUCGAGUUUUUCUUCAAGUACCAAGCCCAAGGAGACAGUGAAAAAGGAGGCCAAAGAGACUGAUUCUGAAGAUACCAAGCCCAAGCGUCGGGUUCUUUCGAAGGGCCCUAGCGCGGCGUCAGUCAAGUCGAGUUUUAUUUCUAAUAUUCUUGACGACAGUGAUGAUGAUAUUUUCAGUUUUAGCAGCGUCAAGAAGAGUGUCAAGCCUAAGAAGGAGGAAACUGUGUCGCCUGUAAAGGCAACUGCUGCUCCAGCUUUGUCAAAACCCUUGUCAACUACCUCAAACGUUAAAUCUGCCGGGUCAAGCCGAAGCAACUCGAGGGCAUUGUCUGCGGAAAUUAUAGAGGACAGUGAUGAAGAUGCGGAUUACGAUUUGAAUGAGGGGAAGAAAGAGCAGGAUGAAAAGGACGAUGAAGUGGAGGAUGAAGAAAAAGAUGAAGAAGAGAUCAUGCCAAAGAAACGGGCGGCUGCUAAACCUCGCAAGAAAGCUGCAGCAUCUGCACUUGUGAUUGAUGAUAAUGAUAGUGAUGUUGAGAUGGAGGAAGUGAAACCUGCGCCCAAGAAACGAGGUGCUACCAAAGCACCUGCCAAGUCAUCACGCAAGAAAGCAGACGUGAGCGAUGUGGAAGAAGUUGAUUCGCCCAAGCCCAAGGCAAAGGUAAAAGCAACUAAGGCCGCAGCUGUGGUGAAGAAUAAGAAGGAAGUUGAAGAUGAUGAUGAUGAUGAUGAUGAUGAUGAUGAUGAUGAUGAUGAUGAUGAAGAAGAGGAAGUGACGCCGCUAGGACGAGGCCGACCUGCGCGACGGGCUCGCGGGGCAGCGCCUAAACGAUACGCCUUUGAUUCUGACGAAGAGGAAGAAGAAGAUGAUGAUGACGACAUGUUUGUGGUGGAAGAUGAUUGA